CGCCGCAGCUUGUCACCUGACUUUGACGCAGGCGCUUCAGCUUUCCCUCGACAGUCAAGAGCAGGAAGAUAAAACAAACUCGCCAUGGACUUGAGACGUCAACUUACAGACGCUGCUGCGAUUGUGUGGCUCAUCGUUCUCUCUCUGAUCCCACCGGCGGAGGCUUACGACGCGGGGGACGCGCUGGCCAUGCUCCUUGGCACCGUUGUGGCAGUGGUGGGUUUUUGCGCACUCCUCGGCUGGUACGCACGCAGGCGAAACCAGCAGCUGUGACGCACGACACUGUCCGCUCCCGUUUCCGUCCACCGCAUGAAUGCCUUCCCUGGUUGUUCUCACAUGAACCCCUGGACAAGGAUUGUGUCAAUAAAGCGACUAAUAAGAAACGUGCCUUAUUGGAAUCAAUGCUUCAAAAGUGAGGGGGAACCACGUGCACUCUGAUGGGGGGGGGAAGGGAACCAUCCAGGAAGUCCAAAAAACAGGAACUGUCAUUAGAACAAGGACCAAACAAAGUUGUCUAAAUAGAUUUUUGCACUUGUAUGUUGUUAUGAAGAUGCUUCAAUUGCAUAUUGAGCAUGUUUUUCAUGCUUAAAGUAACCACUGUGAUUUCCUGGUGUGUGUGUGUGCAAUGGGGAGGCAACACAACGUCGCCAUCGUGUGAAGCACAGAAUCACAAGUGUGAGGAGUGACAUAAGUGUGGCUUUCUUUGUGCUAAUGAAGCGUGACAUUGCUUUGCCGAGAUUAAACAGAUAUAUCUGAUGCUCACCUCAUUUCAUGCUCGUGAUGUUUGAAUGAGAGCUUCCUCUUUCUUUCACAAGGCGAGGAAAGACUGUUUUCAUGGCCACAUGUGGAACAUGCACAGUCUUAUCCAUAUACAAUGUACUCAACUACAAGUUCAAUCAAGUGUAUUAAAAAUACACAGGUCAAGUUACAGUAUGAAAAUUAAAACUACUUAAAAAUCG